AUGAGGCCUCGCGUGUCGACGUUUGCGUUGCUGGUGCUGCUGCUGGUCGCGGCUGGUGGCGCUCACCACAAGCCAAGCCACGCCACGCGGCACGGCGGUCGAGUCAGAGCGUCUCACAGGGCCGGCAAGGCGUCCCCAGUGGCGAGGAGCAAGGGCGCUUCCGAAGAGUCACUGCUGGUCACCAUCAAGGACAUCAAAGAGAUCAAAUUCGACUUCGGAGACGAUGGGACACUGGAGAAGGAAAUGAUAGCUACUGGGCGCUACGACCCUAAGAUGGUCCGGGGCUAUCACUUUACGAUGGACGAUCACCAGCGUAACCGCAUAUUCGUGACGACGCCUCUUGCCCGCCGUGGCAUCCCGGUGACGCUGAGCACAAUCCCCUAUGACGGAGAGCAGUGUCCGCGCCUGAAGCCCUACCCCAGCCUGGAAAUCCACCACACCACCGAGGACUCCAUCACUGACUGCAACACACAGCUGGUGGACGUCAUCAGAACUGCGAAAACAUGUGCUGAUGAUGAUACGCUAUACGCCCUCGACAACGGUGCUUUGGACCUGACAACGAGUCCCAAAAACGUGUGUCCACCAAAAAUUGUCAUCUUCGACCUGAGGACUGAUGAGGUCAUCAACUCCAUAGUCAUCCAGAACACAGCCUGCAACGCAUUGUACACCUAUUUGUGGGUGGACGCGUGCCCAGAUGGUUGCCUGACGGCCUACAGCUCUGACACCAGAGGCAACGUACUGUCGGUGACGGACCUCACCACAGGGACCACCAAACACCUGCAGAGCCAGUACUUCUACCCCAAGCCCGGCUUCUUCUUCACUAAGGCGGGAGGUCCAGCCUACUAC